AUGGAGCUGUGUUCGUCAGAUCGAGCGGUGACGUAUCUCAAAGAGAGGACCGAGAAGAAGGUAUCCACGUCGGAUGGUCGACAAUCUUGUGACGAGCUGCUUCUCUCGUCGUCUCCGAGUAUCCUGCAUUGUCGUCGUUCUGCCAGAUGUUUCUUGGCCUCGUCCCGAGAGUUCCAAGGCGCGAACGGUUUCCUCCAAGAUGAUAUGCAGGGCACGGAUAGGACUCUCCAUUGUGAAUAUCGCAUUUGCUAA